GGCUGAAUUCCAGUCUCUUGACAAAUGCGCAGGUUUACCCACAUCGCCGGCUGACAAUAUCAGUGGAGGCUGCGAGAAUGCAUUAGAAGCGUUCUCUGCUAGGAUUAGAGAGGAAGAAUUAUCCUAUAAAAAGCCCGACUUACAUAAUAGCGAGUAAUUCUUCUAGCGCACAUAACUGUAGAAUAGGGGUGUUGUGUUCUCACCCAGCUGGACCGGAGGUGUUGAGAAUAAAGAGAUAAGGACUGAACAUGUCUGUGGUGGGAAUUGAUGUGGGUUUCCAGAACUGUUACAUCGCUGUUGCCAGGAGCGGCGGCAUUGAAACCAUUGCAAACGAAUACAGUGACAGAUGCACUCCAGCAUGCAUUUCUCUGGCCUCUAAAAACCGGACCAUUGGGAAUGCUGCUAAAAGUCAGAUCAUAACUAACUUUAAGAACACGGUUCACGGCUUUAAGAAGUUUCACGGUCGAGCGUUUGAUGACCAAUAUGUUCAAGGGGAAAAAUCCAAGUUGCCUUACAACCUUCACAGACUGGACAAUGGCAGCACUGGAAUAAAGGUACGUUAUCUGAAUGAGGACAAGGUGUUUACCAUCGAGCAGAUGACUGCCAUGUUGCUCACCAAGCUGAAAGAAACUUCUGAGCAUGCCUUGAAGAAGCCCGUGGUGGACUGUGUGAUAUCUGUCCCCAGCUUCUUUACGGAUAUAGAAAGGAGAUCCCUGAUGGAUGCAACUCAGAUUGCUGGGCUGAACUGCUUGAGGCUGAUUAAUGACACAACAGCAGUGGCCUUGGCCUAUGGCAUCUAUAAACAGGACUUGCCAAACCCAGAGGAGAAACCCCGUAAUGUUGUGUUUGUUGACAUUGGGCACUCAUCUUAUCAAGUCUCCAUUGCUUCCUUUAACAAGGGGAAAUUGAAGGUGUUGGCUACAGCAUUUGACCCAUAUUUGGGCGGACGCAACUUUGAUGAAUUACUUGUGGAAUAUUUCUGCGGAGACUUCAAAAACCGUUUCAAACUCAAUGUUAAAGACAACCCAAGAGCCCUUCUAAGGCUCUAUCAGGAGUGUGAGAAACUGAAGAAACUCAUGAGUGCAAACUCUUCUGAUCUCCCUCUCAACAUUGAGUGCUUCAUGAAUGACAUCGAUGUCCAUGGGAAAAUGAACAGGGCUCAGUUUGAAGAGAUGUGUGCUCAGCUCUGGAUGAGAGUGGAGGCGCCACUGAAAUCGGUCAUGGAACAAUCAAAGCUUAGCAGAGAUGAGAUCUAUGCCAUUGAGGUAGUGGGUGGAGCCACCAGAAUCCCAGCCAUAAAGGAGAGAAUCUCAAAGUUCUUCGGUAAAGACAUCAGCACCACGCUGAACGCAGAUGAGGCUGUAGCACGCGGAUGUGCGUUACAGUGUGCAAUCCUGUCUCCAGCCUUCAAAGUCCGAGAGUUCUCCAUCACAGAUGCAGUCCCCUUCCCGAUUACUCUUCGCUGGAAGUCUCCGACAGAUGAAAGUGUUGGGGAAUGUGAGGUGUAUAGUAAGAACCAUGCGGCACCUUUCUCCAAAGUCAUCACCUUCCACAAGAAGGAACCUUUUGACCUGGAAGCAUUCUAUAGUUCUCCACAUGAGCUGCCCUAUCCGGAUAGCAGAAUAGGCCGCUUUACCAUACAGAAUGUCGUGCCGCAGCCUGAUGGGGACAGUUCAAAGGUCAAGGUGAAAGUGCGCGUGAACAUGCACGGCAUCUUCAGCGUGUCCAGUGCCUCUCUGAUAGAGAAGCAGAAAGGAGAGGCUGAGGAUGUGCAGAUGGAAACAGAACCUACUGUACAGAAUGAGGGCAGGCCUGAGGAACAGAAUAAAAUGCAAGUGGACCAGGAAGGCCAAGGAGAACAGCCCACUGAAGAAGAAAAGAUGAAUAACUCUGGCAAUAAGGAUGGUGAUAAACAAGAUCAAGCUGCAAGCAGUAGCAAAGCCAAGUCAAAAGUGAAGAGUGUUGAUCUGCCCAUUUGGGCCAACACCACCCGACAGCUGGAUCAAGAUGUGCUCAACAACUUUGUUGAAUAUGAAAAAAAAAUGAUCAUACAGGACAAGCUGGAGAAGGAGAGAAACGAUGCUAAAAAUGCUGUGGAGGAGUAUGUUUACGAACUGCGAGACAAACUGUGUAGCAUCUAUGAGAGAUAUGUCACUGAAGAUGAAAGUAACCGACUCACUAUAAUGCUUGAGGACACAGAGAACUGGCUGUAUGAAGAAGGAGAAGACCAAGAGAAAGAAAUCUAUCAGGACAAACUGUUUGAACUCAAAAAGUUUGGUGAGCCCAUUGAAGAACGGUACAGAGAGCAUGAGGGUCGACCCAGAGCUUUCGAUGAGCUAGGCAAGAAAAUUCAGCUUUUUAUGAAGGCGGUGGACGUGUAUAAACAGAAGCAGGAUGAGCGCUACCAGCACCUGAGCCCCGAGGAGAUGAGUGUUGUUGAGAAGAGUGUGUGUGAAGCUUUAGGCUGGAUGAAUACAAAGAUGAACGCCCAGAGUAAACUCACAGUCGCUCAAGACCCAGCAGUCAAAGUAGCAGAGAUCAUUCAGAAGAUUCAGGAGUUAGAGGAUGUUUGCAAUCCUGUCGUCAACCGACCCAAACCCAAAACCGAGGAGCCUGUAGAAGAGGGAGACAAAAACAAUGGGGGGCAUAAAUGACGGCCGCG